CUCACAACAUCCAAGAUGGCGGUCGUGUGGAAGUUUCUGUUUGUGUAUGUUGUAAUUUUUGUACAGUUUUCAAGUAGUCUGAGGCCAGGAAUCACGUCCAAAAACUUGCACCUGCCGCGAAGGAUAUGGCAGGAUGCGCAGGACAAGGGUUUCUACCGGAUCGACAGCGGGGACUUUCCGGUAGACGAUGCUGACGGUGUCGACUCCGGCCGCGGUCGUGUCAAACGUGAUCACACGUCGCCGCUGCCACAAGUCACCAGGUUUGCCCUAAAUGACAGUCACCACCAGUUGGUCAUCCACUGGGCUGGGGAGGGGAGUGACCUGAUCGUGGCCCUGGCCAGAGAGCCCCACGCCACUGCCCAGUCCACCAGUAACGUCUACAUCUCCCGAGACUACGGCAAGACCUUCACGGAGAAACAACAGCAGUACAUGAGGCUGGAGAACAACUCGGCCUCCAUCAUAGACAACUUCUACCACAGCCCAGCAGAUAUCAACAGGUACAUCUUCACGGACGUGGUUCACCGGCGGAUCUGGCGUACGACAAACGGCGGCGUGAGUUUCUCCAUGGGCUACGUCCCGUUUGUGCCCACCAGCCUCCUCAUGCACGAGUCUGACAACAACCUGGUACUGGGCAUGGACGAGAACGAUCACCGCAGGAGGUUGUGGAUCUCCAGGAAUUUUGGCCGAGGCUGGGCAGUCAUGCAAGAGGAUGUCAAGUCCUUCUACUGGGGGGUCCCGCCGUACGAUCACAUCAACGCGGUGUACGUGGAAAGGGUUGAACCCGACGGGAAACACACGGUGUUACAGUCUGACGACUUCUUCAGCCACGAGACGUACAUCGCCACCAUCAUUCAGGGGGUAGACGACUUUGAAGUCAGAGACAGCUACAUGUUUGCCACCAGAUCUAUGCUUGCCAACCCAAGGAUUCCCUCGGCUGUCAACCUCACCAGUCUUUGGGUGUCCUACAACAGGGGACCUUUCAACAAAGCUGUGUUCCCUACAGAACUCCCCACUAAGGAGUUUUACAUCCCCGAUGCCUCGGAGCACCAGGUGUUUGUGUGUGUGAAUCACAACCACACCCUGACUAACCUGUACAUCUCAGGAGUACACGGUGUGGACUUCUCUCUGUCACUGGAGAACAUCCUGUACUUCAACCCUGAGACCACGGGAUCUGAGUCUCUUCUCAGAUACUACGUGGAUGAACCGUUUGCGGAUAUCCACAAGGUGGGCGGUAUGCGGGGGAUAUACGUCGCCACGGUCCUCAACUCCACUCAGAUGCUAUCCCGGAACAUGAAGUCCGUUAUCACGUUCGACAAGGGAGGGAUGUGGGAUAACAUCACCGCACCGCUGCAAGACACAGAGGGUCGACCAACUGACUGUACCCCUGGAAAGAACUGUACCCUGCACCUGUCUCAGAAGUACCACCAGCUGGCUCCAGGCUACAGAACUGUCCCCAUACUGUCUAAGGAAUCUGCACCUGGCCUCAUCAUGGCAUCAGGUUCUCUGGGGGACAGCAUCAAGAGCGACUCGGAUGUGUUCUUCUCCAGCAGUGCCGGGGUUAGCUGGGAGAUGGUGCUGAGGGGGAAAUACUUCUUCGCGUUUGGCGACCACGGUGGGCUGGUGGCAGCUGUCAAACAGUUCGAGGAAACCAACACCAUUGAGUACAGCUGGAAUGAGGGUGAGAGCUGGACGACCUACGCGUUCUCGGACACUAAGAUCCGCGUGUACGGCGUGAUGACGGAGCCGGGCGAGACCACGGGAGUCUUCUCCGUCUUCGGUUCCAACCCCCAGCGCCACAGCUGGCUGGUGGUCCAGGUCAACCUCACCAGCAUUCUAGGACCUCCUUGUAACGAAGACGACUACAAGACGUGGAGUCCGGGAGACGAGCAGCCCGGCAGUACGUGUCUCCUGGGGCGGAAGACGGUGUACGAGCGAAGGAUCGCUCACGCCAAGUGCUACAACGGUCGAGACUACGACAGACCCAUCCGCUCGCAGAACUGUACCUGUUCACGCGAAGACUUUGAAUGUGACGAAGGCUACAUGGAGCAACCCAUUUGGCGUCCAUUUGAUCUGGGAUUUCGUCAGCAGCACUUCUGGCUGCAGCGCUGUGUGUUGGACCCUGACAGCGGGAUAGACCCACACCGUAUCCCCUCACCCUGUCCUGAGGGAACCUUCUACAAAAGAACCAAGGGGUACCGUCGGGUUGCAGGUGACACCUGUUCAGGUGGAGACGAGAUCCGUUAUGCACCUGACUUAGUCUCCUGUCCUGUGGGAGAGCAACCAGAGUUUCUCCUGGUAGCGCGUCGGACGGAGAUUAUCCAGUACCUGCUGACCAACGGUCACCACGAGUCGCUGCCGCUACAGAACCUGCGCGGCGCCAUCGCCAUGGACUACGACUACGUCAACAACUGUGUGUACUGGGCAGACAUGAACAUUGACAUCAUUCAGAGGCUGUGUCUGAAUGGCAGCACCGUGCAGGAGACGAUCGUCCAGGGGCGGAUCGAGACGGUGGAGGGCCUGGCCAUCGACUGGAUGAGCGGGAACCUGUACUGGGUUGACGCCGGCAUGAAGAAAAUCGAGAUGUCCAGGCUGGACGGCACCAUGAGACGAGUCCUCACUAACGCCUCUCUGGACAACCCAAGGGCGCUGGUGUUGUGCCCUCAAGAGGGCUACAUGUACUGGACAGACUGGGGCGACAACGCUAAGAUUGUCCGUGCCGACAUGGACGCCAAGAACCGCAACAACAUCAUCACCUCGGACAUCCGCUGGCCGAACGGGCUGGCCGUGGAUUACAGCGGCCGCAUGAUCUACUGGACGGAGGCGUACCACGAUCGUAUCGAAGUGGCGGACCUGGACGGGCGGAACAGACGGGUGCUGAUCAGUCAUGACGUGCCCCAUCCGUACGCCAUUGCUGUGUUCAAGGACAGGAUCUACUGGGAUGACUGGUCAGCUCAGGCCGUGUACAGCGCUAUGAAGUAUGACGGCUCGGACAGGCAGACACUGAUGGACAACCUACCAGGAGUCAUGGACCUCAAGGUGUACCACAAGGAUACACAGACAGGUACAAACGUGUGUGUGAGGAACAAUGGAGGCUGUAGUAACCUGUGUGUGCCCAAACCCGGGUCGGGUCACAAUCGUGCCUGCCUCUGUUCUGACGACGUCAUCAAGGUGGUCCAGCCCAACGGGACGGAGAGGUGUGAGUGUCGGCGACACGAACACAUGGUCAACGGAUACUGCGAGCCUAACAACGGGACCACAUGUCCUGGAGGCCAGUUCACCUGCUCCAACGAACACUGCAUCCCCCAGAGCUGGGUCUGUGACCAUGAUAACGACUGUGGGGACUACAGUGAUGAACAGGACUGCCCACCCAGCACCUGUGACAGUACACAGUUCACCUGUGGUAACGGCCACUGUAUCCCCUCACGCUGGAAAUGUGACCACGAUAAUGAUUGUGGAGACAUGACUGAUGAACAGGACUGUGUGUUCCCCACCUGUGGCCAUGACCAGUUUACCUGUAGCAAUGGGCGGUGCAUCCCUCAGAGGUGGGUUUGCGACUUUGACAACGACUGUCACGACAUGUCAGACGAAGCCCACUGCUCAUUCACAACACCAGCUCCUACAGUGCUGCCCAACUGCACGAGCAGUCAGUUCCAAUGUGCCAACGGACGCUGUAUCUCAGCUAGUUGGAAAUGUGACGGAGACAACGACUGUGGAGACAUGAGUGACGAGCAGGAUUGCGGUGCCCUGACCUGCCGGUGGUUCCAGUUUACCUGUAACAAUGGCCGCUGUGUGUACAACUCCUGGGUGUGUGAUGGGGAGGACGACUGUGGGGAUGGCUCGGAUGAACGGGACUGUGCCACCUCACCGUACCCGACAUCGAUCAUGCCGACUCGUCCUGCCAACUGCACCUCGCUGCAGUUCCAUUGUCAUAACGGGAACUGCGUCAACGAGCGCUGGAAGUGUGACGGGAUCGACGACUGUGGAGACAACUCUGACGAAGCCAACUGUGGAGUUGUGACGGAGGCCCCCCAGACGUGCCGACCGGACCAGUUCCACUGUGACAACGAUGUGUGCAUCUACGCUGGCUGGAGGUGUGACGGGGAUAACGACUGUGGAGACUUCUCCGAUGAAAGAGGCUGUGCGACGACACCACCCCCUCGUCAGAACACCUGUGCACCAAACCAGUUCACCUGCGGGCCUGGCGGGUACUACCGCUGCAUCUGGGAGAGCUGGGUCUGCGACGGAGACAACGACUGCGGAGACAUGAGCGACGAGAGAGACUGCCCCACAACACUCCCCACCACUACGUCUCGCUACGUGCCGCACCAGUGUAACCAUUUCCAGUUCCGGUGUAUCGCUGACGGGCGCUGUAUCCCGAUGGGCUGGCGCUGUGACGGAGCCUGGGACUGUAUCAACGGGACAGACGAGUGGGGCUGUGCUGCCACAGUCGUCCCUACAACCCCCGCCUCACCGCGGUGUUCUGCCAUCCAGUUUGCAUGUGUGGACGGUGAUGGCUGCAUCGCGAGGUACCGAGUGUGUGACGGUCGCAACGACUGCCUGGACCACAGUGACGAGAGAAACUGCUCCCAACACUACCGUGUUAUGGGACUGAAGGUGGACCCGACGGCCACUACUGGACAGGUGCGGCUGGAGUGGCAAGCCGUCACACCUCGACCCACCAGCACAUACUCCUACGUCAUCUACUACAGAGAAUACCCAGGAAGCGAUGACACUCAGAUGACCCAGAAAGACACCCAGUCGGACGGAACAACCUACCUUCUAACUCUGAAGCCAGGCAUUCGGUUCAAGUUCCAAGUGGCAGCAAAAGUGGGAGGCAUCAUCUAUGAAGCGUCUGCACCUGUCUACCAAACAAUACCAGAAGGAGUUCCCUCAGCGCCUCAGAACCUCCACUGCAGUCUGCGCCCACAAUCUCUGGUGAUUGUCGACUGUUCCUGGCAGCAGCCCAGUACCCCUAAUGGUGUCAUCCAGUACUAUCAGGUGGAGUAUGGUACAGACAUUGGCUUUUUGACUGAGCAGAUGAGAGUUAGGCUCCUGAAUGCCACUAUCCAAGACCUCCAGCUGGGUCUGAGAUACUACAUCAGGGUGACAGGCUACACCAGCGUGGGGAGGGGGGCGCCUGCCUCCACCACUGUCGCCACAUCUCCAGCAACCAUUGGUGCUAAACCUACCGCUGUCAGUCUUACUCCUGCCAGAGGUAGCAUCACUGUGAGCUGGACUGCACCAAACGUACCAAGUCAGCAAAUCAAGGGCUACACUAUCUGGUACAAUUCUGCAACUGAAUCCAUUUCUGACAAGAUGAUUGUUGGCGACCGAACUGCAACCAGCGCUACAGUGACGUACCUGUCCCCAGCCACACGGUACACCGUCCAGGUGUCUGCCUUUAACGACGAGGGAGACGGUCCAAAGAGUGACGAGAGGACCACAAUGACCCUCGGGCCAGCUCUGCCACCUGUGGGCCACCUCACUGCCCAGGGGCUGAACACCACCUCUGUCCAGCUCAGCUGGCACCUAGACGGACCCUACACCUAUGGAAUUUAUUACGGCAUGACAGAAACGAUGCUGGAGAGAGAUGGGAUGCAGGCCAACACUACCCAACAGUCCUACAGUGUGACAGGGCUGAAGUCGGACGUCAACUAUCUCUUUAUGGUGAAAAUCGUCCGGCCUCUGCCAGGGCCUCCGUCAUACACAUCAGCAACAACGUGGUUUGAUGACACGCUGCCACCCCACCGUCUGAAAGCUGUCAAUCACACACAGACCACAGUGCUCCUCCAAUGGGAUCCUCCCAGGGACAUGCUAGAACAGGGCUUGCAAUAUGAGAUUGAUGCAACUGAUGAUGAAAAUGCCACCUGGACGUACGCCGCACGAACCAAAACACUGAACGGUGAUCACAUGACGCACAAGGUCACGGACCUGUACCCCGGCCACCACUAUGUCUUCAGUGUCAAGGUGUCCACCCAGAAUGCAAAGCCGUCCAAGCCUUAUCAUGUGACCACAGAUCUUCUCCCAGCACCCAUUGAGUUGAAGGUUUACCCCGAAUCCAGCAACAAACUGCUACUGAUCUGGGAAACAGACAACCUGUACGUCGACAGUGUUGUACUAGAAGCGGGUUUUGAGGUGUUGAUGAAACCAGAAGGCGCGAACACCACAUUCCAGGUGGUCCAGGACUCGGUGACGAAGCACAGGCUCCUCGUAAACGACCUCCUGAGGGGCACUCAGUAUCUCUUCAAGGUUCGAGUGGGCAAAUAUCACGGGCACUACGGAGCCAACUCCACUGUCGAGAGUGGCUACACCUUGGCAACAGGAGGUGACAUCGAGCCGCAAAAGGGUGGAGGUAAAGGCAACCUGGCGGCGAUCCUGGCGCCCACUUUACUGGUUAUCGUGGUCCUGGCCGUGGCGCUUGCCGUGUUCAUCAUCCGCCAUCGCCGCCUGCAGCGCAGCUUCAUGUCCUUCGCCACCAGCCACUACGACACCAGCCGCGGCGAGGCCACCUUCACCACCGGGGAUGACGAUGAUGAAGACUCUCCCAUCAUCAGAGGCUUCUCCGACGACGAGCCAUUGGUGGUGGCAUAGUGAGGGAGGGGACUGGCAGGACCUCCUGGUGAGGUCACAGUCACGCAGUGUUUUCUCUACAAGGUGCAAUCAAUAAUCCACAGAGAUCCUACAUUCUAAUCACCCCCCCCCCUACCACACACACACAAUCCCGAUGUAUGUCAUCUGAUACAGUACAGAUCUCAAAUAACUGAAGGCCUCGAAGUUAACUUUUCUAAUCCUAUUGUCUUAGCACUGUCCCCAAAAUAAAUUUCAGUUGUACCGAAGUGAAGAUGACCUGUCCCAACCUGUUUUUCGGGAAGUAUGUACAGUAUGACUUCAACUUUAUUUUGCUCACGUUUUGACUCCCAGGUGCAAUGAUAUUUGUAGAGAAGGAGCCAAAAGAGGAGACGUGUGCCUGAUAAACAAAAGAAGGGCUGACAUUCUGAUGUCAAUUAUUGUUCUGUUGUCCCAAAGUAUGUCUCAAAGUGUCUUUUUACAAUGUAGUUGUCCCGACCUAAAUUUUAGUGAUCAUUGGCCAUCGGGACACUGUUAAUUUUGAGCCCUGAACUGCCCAUCAAGACAUGACUGUUGUGCAAAUGGCAAAUUGGAGCUAAGUGCAGUUUUUGCUUUUGCACCAGUGUUAACUGCAUGUUACGUGGCUUUGAAGCAGAUUUAAAUCACGGCUUAAAUGCGAUUUUGUGGAGAAAAAAGUUGAAAGCGAGGGAAGGUUCAUCGAGAUCUGUACUGUAGUCUGGUAAAGUUAAGAAGGACAAUAUUAUUUGUACAGCUUUGAAGGACAAGUUUUAUUAUGACACAAGACAAAACUUAUACUGGAAGGGUUUAUUUUUUCCUGAAUGUAAUAUUGUAGGCUGUUCAAAAUGUACAAUUAUGUUGAGGGCAUGGUUACAAUGAAGAAAAUUAAUGUUUGGACUCUUAUACAGCAUUUUACAGAGACUGAUAUUUGGAAAGAAAAAUUUGGCAUAAAAUGGAGCAGAUUGAAAUUCUUUAUGGUGAAGAAAAGUUACUGUAAGGACUUUGAAAGAUUUUGCAACAGUACAUAUUAGUGGGAUGGUAGAAAAUGUAUGACUGUACAUUGUACAUGUAGAGAAAAAAAA